AUGAUGGGAUACGGGGGUCAACCCUUUCACCAUCAACAGGCGCAGCAGCAGCAACAGGCGCAGCAGCAGCAGCAGCAGCCACAGCAACCUCAUCAGGCGUCGCAUGUCCAACAUCCGCUGGGACCGCAUCGCCAGCCUAUUCCAUCUCCUUCAUUGGGUGCGGCCCCAAAUUUACCGCAACAUGGAAGCAGUCCUUUCCCCAGUAAUAAGCCCCUGUAUCGUGCGGGUCCGUCGCAGCAGCAGGCAUUCUCAACAGGCCAAUCACCCGAUAUGCGCAAAAUGGCUCCCGCAUCUUCGAGUCCACUGACGGGCUAUCCGACUGCAACUAGCUAUGGGCAAUUUCCAGGUCAAUUUGCGCAACAAGCCUCUCCCGACUUCAUGUCUCGUCCAGACUUUAUGACCCGUAGCUCCGAUCCUAUGGCUCUGCAAAAUCUGCAGCGCGGGUUUCAAACCCCCAUGGCCCAUGUACGCGGGGGGCCGGGAAUGAGUCCCUCAACGGGUAUGGCCCAAGGUCAUGGCAUGGGUAUUCCAUCACCUCAGCAAUCAUUGAACCGGCUGCCCCAUUCGGGCAUUCAGCAAAGAGAGAAUCACCCCUCCGCCAGCCCUUCCAUGGCCAGUCCGUCCAUGUUCGCCAUGAAUCAGCAGCGACAGCAGCCGCAGUCUCAGCCACAGUCACCUCAACAGGCUCAGCAGCAAUUGCAACAAUUCCAGCAACAGAGACAGCACCAGCAGCAGCAAUACCAGCAGCAACAGUACCAGCAACAGCAGUACCAACAGCAACAGGAGCGUCUUCAACAGCAAAGGCUAGAACAGCAACGGCUCGAGCAACAAAAGCAACUUCAACAGCAGCGUCUUGAGGAGCAGCAGCGCUUGGAGCAACAGAAACAGCAGGAGCAGCAAAAGUUGGAGCAACAGAAGCGUUUGGAACAGCAGCGUUUAGAACAACAGCGCCUUGAGCAACAACGUCUUGAACAGCAACGUCAGGAGCAACAACGCCUGGAACAGCAACGUCUUGAGCAACAACGCCUGGAACAGCAACGUCAAGAACAACAACGACUCGAACAGCAACGUCUGGAAAAGCAGCGCCUGGAGCAGCAACGCCUGGAGCAACAACGCCUAGAGCAGCAGAAGCAAGCGGAACAGCAACGACUCGAGCAGCAGAGGCAGCAGCGUCUUGAGCAGCAGCGGCUGGAACAAGAGCAGAAACAACAAUUAGAACAGCAACAAAAGCAGCAGCUGGAGCAACAGAGGUUACAAAAGUUGCAGCAGCAAAAUAUGGCCCACAAUCCGUAUCAGCAGCAGCAACAAUCCCCUUUCGCGCAACACUCCCAGAUUCCAUUCCAUCAAUAUCAGCCGCAUGCUCAAACUCAAAAUCAAUACACGCAACAGCAGCGUCAGUUCUCUCAGGCUCCUCAACAGCCUCAUUUCGCCCAACCUCAACAGACGCAAUUCCAACACUAUCAACCACCGUCACAGUCAGCUGUAGAAAAGCCUGCCCGGCCCGCCGCGGUCACUGCUUCAUCUGCCCAUGCGCCUGCUCCUGCUGGAAACUUGAUCAUCAAGGCUGAACAUCCGAGCCCCGCGCCGAAGAAAAAGUCGAAACCUAGGCAAUCUACAGCUGCCCAGGCCGCUACUCAGCCCCAAGCUUCCCCUCAGCCUCCGCCUCCGCCCCACUCUCAGGUCCAACCCCAGACCCAGCAUCAGGCCCAGCAUCAGGCUCAGGCUAUACCGAACCCCCCUGCACCCGUUGGCGUACAUAACAGCACACCAAUGCAAGCGAAUGGCCAAGUACAGGGACAGCAGGGACAACCAGCCACCGUCCCAGCAGCGGGUGGUGUCCCCCCAGUCCCAGGAGUUCCCGUAAAACGCAAGCGCGGGCGUCCACGGAAAGAGGAAGUUGCGGCCCGACAAGCAGCUGCGGUUGCAGCGGCCCUGGCAGCUGGUCUUCCAAUCCCACAACCCGGACAACCUUUCGAUCCAAACAUGGCCUCUGCAUCGGGAUCUGCUGGAGCGUCUCAAAUGACACUCGGCCCUGAUGGGAAACUUCCCAAACGGAAACGUGGUCGCCCCCGCAAGGCAGAUCAGAUCGCCUGGGCGAAAUUAACCGGUCAACCACUGCCACCGCCAAAGCCAAAGAAACCGUCCGCUGCCAAGAAACCCGGUACAGGCCGACCUCGUGGUAGGCCACGCAAAGCAGACGUGGCCGCUGCGGCUGCGGCUGCGGCUGCUGCCGCCGCAGGCCAGGGUGAUGGUGACCAGGCGCAGGGAGACAGCGAGCCUCAAACAAUUGACAAGGCGGACACGAAUGGCGCCCAGAAACGCUCAGCUCCUGCUGAUGAUGACCCACGCAAGCGACCUUGCCCGACGCCUCCAUACCCUCAACAAGGCCAGCCUCAGCCUCCAGCUAAGCAACAGGGACAGCAAUUACCUGUCCAGAGUCAUGCCCAUUCCCAACACAAUCAGGCACUACCGAUGCAACAGCAACACCAUGGCCUCCCGAAUAUGUCGCAGCCAGGACAGCACAUGGGACAACAGCCUGGCCAGCACCUGCAACAACAGCAGAACCAGCAACAUACACAGAGCCAGCAAUUGCCUAUGCAAGGUGGUCAUCCAAUGUCUUUGCCGCCACACAUGCAGAUGCAUCAGCAGGCUGGAAUUCACCCUUCCCGACAGACGGCAGCUCAUCCGUACAUGCAAAAUCAAAUGCCGUCGAUGCAGUCAUCAAUGCAGCAGUCGCCAAUGCAGCUUCCACAGCCAGUUCACGGACAUCCAUCGCACCUGGGCCAGCAGCAGCCGCAGCAACAGCAACAGCAACACCAGCAGCCGGUACAGGGCCAGCACUUUGCUCAAAGUCGAGCUCCCGCACAACAGCAGAGCCGAGCCCCGCCGGCGCCAGCACCACAGCAUCAACACCAACAUACCUUCCAGGUUCAGCUCCAGCCUCAGACAACCUAG